UCCGUGGAGAGGAGACUUUAUCUGGGAAACAGAGGCAGGAGUCCAGACCUCAGAGGGGUCUUACUCUCUUGGUACCUACUCCUUGGCUUGGUUUCUUCAGCAAGGUUUUAAGUAGCUUUCUCCAUCUCACGGGUGCCAGCUGGAGUGGGUUUAAUCUGUAUAGAAACAUCCAUUGUCUGCUCCUGUUGCUGAGGCUGCGGCCACCCCUCCUCCCUCCUGGCCCCUGCAGGUGUGUCUCCAGGUUCCCUGGCUCUGUUCUCCACUCCUUACCCAGACUCGGGCCAAAGCAGUCACCCUGUCUCACAGCUCCAGCUGGUCCCACUGACAGUGACAGAGAGAAUGGAAUCCUCAGAUGGCACAAGAAGCAACGGGGCCAGCCCUGAGGCCAGGGACAUCCGAAGCCCCCUGAGCACCAAUGGUAACAUGGAGAAUGGUGGUAAGGUCGAGGUCAAGGAUUCCAAGGGCACCAACGGGCAUGUUGGGGAAGGCGCUGAGAACAAAAACCCAGGGAGUCCCCUGAAGCAUGGGGAGGGAAGGAGUGCCUUGUUUUCUGGUAAUGACUGGAGGAAACCCAUCAUCCAGUUUGUGGAGUCUGUAGAUGACAAGAGCUCCAAUUACUUCAGCAUUGACUCUGUGGACAAGAGGUCUCCUUAUGCCGGCCUCCAGUUGGGGGGCUCCAAGAAGCUACCCGUAACCUUUGCAGAAAAGGGGGAGCUGCGUAAGUCCAUUUUCUCUGAGUCCAGGAAGCCUGUGGUGUCCAUCGUGGAACCUGCGGAGGGGAGAAGGAACAGCUACCCCCGAGGCGGAGAUGUGGGCAUCCUCCUUCGGCCCAAGUCCAGUUCAGAGGAGAUCCUGUGUGACUCCUGCAUCGGCAACAAGCAGAAGGCAGUCAAGUCUUGCCUGGUAUGUCAGGCCUCCUUCUGUGAACUGCACCUCAAGCCCCACCUGGAGGGAGCCGCUUUCCGGGACCAUCAGCUGCUGGACCCCAUCAGGGACUUUGAGGCCCGGAAGUGCCCCCUGCAUGGAAAGACCAUGGAGCUCUUCUGUCAGACAGACCAGACCUGCAUCUGCUACCUCUGCAUGUUCCAGGAGCACAAGAACCACAGCACUGUGACCGUGGAGGAGGCCAAAGCAGAGAAGGAGACGGAGCUAUCUUUGCAAAAGGAGCAAUUACAGCUGAAGAUCAUUGAGAUUGAAGACGAAGCUGAGAAGUGGCAGAAAGAGCGAGACAGGAUUAAGAGCUUCACCACCAAUGAAAAAGCCAUCCUGGAACAGAACUUCCGUGACCUUGUUCGGGACCUUGAAAAACAGAGGGAUGAAGUUAGGGCAGCGCUGGAGCAGCGGGAACAAGAUGCUGUGGACCAGGUGCAGGUGAUUGUGGAUGCGCUGGAUGAGAGGGCCAAAGUGCUACAAGAGGAUAAGCAGACCAGAGAGCAGUUGCACAGUAUCAGCGACUCAGUGCUGUUUCUUCAGGAAUUUGGGGCACUAAUGAGCAAUUACUCACUUCCCCCACCUCUGCCUACAUAUCAUGUCUUGUUGGAAGGAGAAGGCCUGGGUCAGUCAUUGGGUAACUUUAAGGAUGAUCUACUCAAUGUAUGCAUGAGACACGUGGAGAAGAUGUGCAAAGCAGAUCUGAGUCGAAAUUUCAUUGAGAGAAAUCAUAUGGAGAAUGGGGACCAUCGCUACAUGAACAACUACACGUCUGACUGGGGUCAGUCAGACACCAUGAAGAGAUAUUCCAUGUACCUCACACCCAAGGCCGGGGCCAGGACAUCUUAUCAACCUUCUUCUCCAGGCCGCCUCACCAAAGAGAUCAACCAAAAGAACUUUAAUAAUCUCUAUGGAACCAAAGGUAACUACACUUCCAGAGUAUGGGAAUAUUCAUCCUCUAUUCAGAGCUCCGAUGAUUUGCCUGUUGCCCAAGGCAGCUCCUCCUUCUCCCUGAAAGGUUACCCUUCCAUCAUCAGAAGUCAGAGUCCCAAAGCUCAGCCACAGACUUGGAAAUCUGGCAAGCAGACCUUGCUGUCGCACUACCGUCCUUUCUAUGUCAACAAGGGCAAUGGCAUGGGCUCCAAUGAGGCCCCUUGAGCCCCCAGGAGUGAGAUGCCAAGAGAUCGCCUGACCCUUCCCCAGUUGUAUCUGCUACUACUAUCUACUCAGCUACUGCUCUGUCUCCAGGAGGUCUGGGCUGGGGGGGAACAUGACCUUCCAAGGACUGUCCUCUCUCUCCCCUCCAGCUUCCCCAGUCCUCCAACCUUUCUGACAAUCCUAGAAUUUGUCAGCAACUCCCCCCUUAGCUAUACUGUGCUUGGUCCCCCGUCUGCUCAGGCCUCUGUCCUUUGCUUUUCCUGUAGUCAGAGAGGACUCUGUCACCUCCUUCAUUUCAUGGGUCAGGAUACGGUUCACAGAAGGGGCUGUCCCUCCAUCCCCCACCCACACAGUAAGUCCUUCUGCAGAUCCUGGGAUGGUGGCUCUGGAGGUAGGCACCCAUUUGGCACCAGCCUGCCAUUCCUGCCUGGCGUCUCCUCUGUCUCCUCAGCUCAGCCAAUACAUUGGUUUUCCCCUAGAACUGCUGAUAGCCAUCCUUAUGGGUGACCCGAGGGGGCUGUGUACCUAGCAGACAAAAGGUUCUAUCCUUCCACAAGUGUAGACAUUGUCUCACUCUUGUCAGCUCAUGUCCUUGACAGGGUAAAACUGACUUCCCUCAGACCCAGGCCUGCCCAGGAUUUCUGAUCUUGCCCGAGGAGGGCAAAGUUCCUCCUAUCUGGCUGGAGGCUGGUUUCCUACACAGUUGGAGGAGUUUGAUGCUUUUGUCACUGUGCCAAAUGGGCCCAGGGUCCCUGAACAGGGGUAAGAGAUAUGUCACCUCCAUUCAAGAAAUCUAUCUGUCUACAAGGGAGGCUGUGACUCUUCAGCAGUGACAGCCAGGCUGCUUGGCUCUUACCUCUUCCUAAUCCUUCUCUUUGUAACCAGAAUGGGUAUUGCUCCUCACAGUGCCUUCCCCCAGCCUUGCAAAUAGCAGCUAGCCUGGUUGCCUUGGGGUAGAGUAGUAAUUCAUUUUUUUGCGUAAAGCAGAAUAUAAAAUCGGGGCGGAGUGGGUGGGAAGGGGAAAUACUGGUGAAUGAAAAUGACUGGGCUGGUAUACCAUGAGCACUUAGGUAAAAAUAUGCUCCUACCCUCCCUCCCUAUGCCCAUCCCAACCAGAGUUGCCAUCCCUCUUUCCCUUUGACCAGUCUCACUGUGGGGAGCUGCUCAGCACCUCAGCUUCCCCUGGGCCUGAUGGAGAGUGGGUCUGGAGAAGAAAAAAAUCAACAACAUGCAAAACCAGAAGGAGUCUGAGCCCCACACCCGAACCCCCUCCCCCACUGGGGGGGGACAGAGAUGGAGCAGCACUGGGGGAUUGGUUGGGAGAUACCGAGCUGGCAUAGGGUAGGAAGAGCUCAGCCUUGGCUUCCCCUUUCUGAACAAAUCAUUGAUCAACACUUUAUUGUAUUGAGGGAGGGGCUCCCUGAAGGUCAUGGGGGGGUGGGAUUGCUCUGAUUAUUCUGUACAUAUGUCCCCCCCCCUUGAUGAAUAUGCUUUCAUACGCCCCUCUCUGUCUUUAAUACACUGUCCUUUCGAAGUU